AAAUCUCUCAUUGCUCCCAACCAUCAGCUUUGCUCAAACCUGUGUGGCGUCAGACGGCACCACUUAUAACGUCGGUGACGAAUGGAUGCCCACUCCUUUUAAUUUAUGCCGAUGCGUCGCACCACUUUCCAUCCAGUGCACGUUGAUUUUUAGGUGCGCUGAUAACCAUGGAAACACAAAAAAUCCUGGUGACCAGUGGUUACAGAGCCCAACAAUCAGUUGUACCUGUAAUCAAGGAAACUUGGUAGCAUGCACUACUUUAAAACAGCCCGUUUGCAUGGAUGGCAACGGAAACUUUAGGAAGGAUAAAGAAACGUGGACUAACGGUUCUUGCGUGCACUGCACGUGCAUUCUUGGUAGCAUAAACUGCACUGGUUACCAUGUCAAUAUUACUCAUGGGUUGUACAGUGUCAAUUCAUAUCCAACCUGUGAAGGGUGUGAAGUCAUGUCUAGAACGCAGGGUGCCCUAAGUUCAUGCAGAGCAUAUCAUGACCUCUCUACAAAAGAGAAGCUGUUCCAAUGUGCAAGUCGGGGAUCCUUUAUUCACAAAAGUCACCAGUGCAACAGGAUUUAUGAAUGCCCGGAUAAGUCAGACGAAAACGACUGCGAAAAUGCCGUUUGUAGAGACAAUGAGGGCGGUGUCUAUCUCAUAAAAGAUAAAAACGGUUGGCCAGUUUCUCAAUGUAUGAAGUGUUACUGCAAAGGAGGGCUGCUGACAUGCAGCAGACACUUCAAAAUAAACUUCCCGGGCUAUCUCAGUGGUAUCUAUACGCAGUAUGAAGACUGCAAUCAACCUUUAUGCAACGUCGCCAAGUUUAUACGAGAAAAUGGAAAUGAUUGCGAAGGCUUGGAAUUUAUCCAGAAUAAAGGUGUUUAUCUAAAAGGCCAAACAUGGAAAUCUGACGGAUGUCAGUUUUACUUUCCUGGCGCCAACGCUGACCCGCUAAACAUUUGUCCAGCUAUGACCAGACCUGACUGUUAUGUCUACAAUGGAGCUGUGUGCUGUGCAUCUGAGUGUCCAGUCUUGCCGCAGAUUGCACACCAAUUGAGAACGAACCUUACUUUGUGUCGCGGUGGCCGUCAGCUUGUGUCAGAUGGCUUGAGCUGUAACGACGCUGGUCACUGCCUGAAGAACUUUCACGUCCAGAAUUGUUCGUCAGAGGUCACCUGUCGCGAUGAGGACUCCAUCCAGUAUUUCGAGGGUGCCACGUGGUCUGUUGGCAGUUGUAUUCAGUGCAGCUGUACUCAGGGCAAGAUUCGCUGCAAAAGGGAGCUCUUUCUGGUCUCAUUUCUCCAGCUUGGGGGACAAAAACCAGCCGUGAUCCUGAACGAACCAAAUUUCAGUGAGAACUGUGAUCAGUUUGAAUGUAACGUGGCGAAUUUUAUGAAGAAAAACAACGGAGUAUGUAAAGCUUGCAGGUGGAACGGCCAAUUGUAUUACGAUGGUGAUCAUUGGAAGGAAAAUGGCGUUGACUUUUACUGCAGCAGCUCUACUUUGCAAGUCAGGCCUGGCUGUUAUGUUUCCAACGGUAAAACGACAUGUACUGGAGCGAUAUCAGGACUACGUGAGCUGUCCUUAAUAUCAAAAGACGACCUUUUCCUGUGUGAGAGUGGUGACGAGAUAAGAUCCCUUGGGGACAGGUGUGAUGUCAAGAAAGAUUGUAACGAUCACUCAGACGAACGAAACUGCAGUCAGUACUAUUGCGCUGCUGAAGAGUCACAUGGUUUUGUUUGGCUGAGAGCUCAAGUCGGGAGUGAAACUCUUAAAUCGUGUGCCGCCGCAAAUUCAUCUUGGACAGGGAUUUUUGGAAGCAAAUGUGUUUAUUGGCCUUUAUUUGCCACCAAAUGGCAACACUUGAGCACAUGUGCUUGUGAAAGAAAAUCCACGUUGGAGACUUUUAGGAAAAAAUUCGCAAAUCUCAACGAUACUAACUUCCUGAAUGUGUCAAACGAUCUGGCUACCGCCGCAGAGAACGGGGAUUUCAUGAAUAUUCGGUUGUUUCAUGAUCUAUUCAAAGAUUUGUUUUACAAUGUAACGCGGUUACUUACUCCAGUUACACUGCAAAAUGCUGAUAAAGCACUGCAAUACUGUAAGAAUUUCAUCCAAACUCUGCUAUCAUCUCCGAUUUACGGGCGAAAGUCGUCAUUUUGCCAUAAACCGAAAUUGGCUCAUGAUCGAAACUUUCAUAUCAAUAGAGCAUUAGAGUUUCUACGUCAGGCUCCUAACAAUACCGACGCCUUCAAGUAUGGCCAGAUGGGAUUUCAUCCAGUCAGGGAUAUUGAUAGCGAGCCGCAUAUCGUGGAUAACUUCCGGCCAAUCGCGCCACAAUUUCACCCCAUUAUAAUGAGACAAGAGCUAUCUCUUCAGUUAAACACCGCUAAGCUCUUACCAAGAGAGGUAGAAAAACCUAUCUCCGUACCUGUCGAUAAAAGCAACACCACUGGUAACGUGACAACAGCAAAUGGAACAAGAGCUAAUACCACCGGCGCUUCCAUUGAAAAUGUGAAUAACGAGCUUACAGAUGAGGAAAUACGCCAUCUGCUGCGGGCUAACAACUGCACGAAUCUAAAGUUUGAUGAGGAGAUCGGGGCCGUCGUUUAUAACAAACGGAUAUCUAAUGAAUAUCAAAGGCACAUAGAAAUCCAAAUUAACAUGGAACUAGUGCUAAUGUGUAUUUCUACGGCAGCAGUGCUUUUGGCCCUAAUACUAUUGACGGCGUUAAAGUUAAGGAGUUCAGAGAGGUUGUUUAUACACAAGAGUCUCCUAUUGUCUCUGGCACUUGGACAUCUUGUGUAUAUUAUGGAUAAGACUUUGUUUGAUACAAGAGAAAAACAUGCGGCUUUGUGUUCCGCGCUCACGGUCAUUCAGUAUUUUUUCCACACUGCAAUAUUUACAUGGAUGCUUGUGGAAGGAAUAAAUCUUUACAUCAAGCUGGUUAAAGUGUUUUCAGUGAAGAAGCAAUAUGUGGCAUAUGUGGCCAUGGGCUGGGGAAUUCCUAUUGUUCUCAUGGGGUUCGUGGCUGCUAUCAGUCCGUCCACAUUUGACAUGGGGAAGGCUUCGUAUACAGAUGUAUCAUGUGGAGCUCUUCAACUCACAGCUAAAAAUGAACGACGCAGAUGUUGGAUCAACGGAAGUGUUUGGAUUUACAAAGGACCCAUAUUAGGGAUUCUAAUGGCAAAUACUGUGUUAUUUGCAAUCCUGCUUCGCGUCAUAUUUGGAAAAAUAUCUACUAGAUACGGCAAUGAUCAUAUGCAAGCUACAAAGAAGGGUAUCAGAAGUAUCGUGGCCUUGCUCCCGUUGCUCGGAGUCACGUGGCUGCUGGGUUUUUUCCUAGAGCUCCAUCAUGCUGUAGUAUAUAUCUUUAUUCUGCUAAACUCUACACAAGGAAUCGUGUUUUUCAUCUUCCAUUGUGUUCUUGACGAAGAGGUUCAAGACGCAAUCCGAAAGUUAUUUGGCCGGAAGUCUGGUGAGCUACCAAAGACGAGAUCAACACCAGUUUUGAACCAUAAUAAUACAUCUGAGAUGGAGAGACACUCGGUGGUGAACCUCUUGCAGGAAUCCUCGGGGAAAAUAGAUGGAGUUCACGGCAUGAUGAACACGGAAAAGAAGAAUAACGAAAGUUACUUAUAGAUAAGAAUACUUAGUAAGAAUUAAACUGAUAUUAGAAUUAAUUGUUAAAGAUCCAGCGAAGGUCAUUUCAACAUUUACAAUUAGCAUAAAAUGUAUGUUUAGAUACAAUAUUGUAUUAUUAUUAUUAUUAUUAUUAUUAUUGUAUUAUUCGCGUUUUUCGUUCUCCUUUUAUAUUGUAUUCAAUUUUGUUCGGUGAGAUGGAAUAUUGGAAGGAGGCAAUGAUAAACCAAGAGGGUAGAAGGAUGUGAAGAUGAGCUUGUAUUAUAAAUAUCUACAUAAUGUUUGUUGGGUAAGAUAGAAAAUCUCAAAAGACGUAAUUACAAUAAAUCGAGAAGGAACAAAGAUGGCUGGCUGAGGAAAGAAAAUAUUAAAAGAGAAUCUCAAUGGAAUUAACUUUUAGAUGUACAACGGUUAAGCAUCAAAAUUGACAAAUUUCAACUGCUAGUCGUAAAAAGAAUAAACCGUUAAUUUUUUUUAAGCGUCAUGGAUAGAAUCUAUUAUUAGCUGUAAAAUGACCAAACUUUUGACCGUUAGCCGUGAAGGCCAUUACCCCAGUAAGAUUCUGAUUCAUUAGCUGUUGUGUUCAGUUGCAUAACUGUUAAACCUACAGAGAACAAAAUGUGUAAUAAAAUCAAUAUCAGCAUCGUA